AUGAGGUCCUCUUCGCUGUUCAGCCUUUUGAGCUGCGCACUUCUGCUCUGCACCUCUUCUGUCGCCAUCUUUCCCUUCAAAUCAGCCCGUUUCUCCGCCAACGGUCUGGUCUCUGCAGGAAGUUUAGGACUGGGACCUUCGGAUGGAGCCGUGGUCAGCUUGGGAGACUUUGACGCGGAUCAAUUUGUCGACUACGUCACCCUCUCUCCCGACUCUGCGACGAUCAAGGUCUGGACUUGGGAUCACCGUGAGUCGCUCCAGCGAGAUGGGCUGCGCGCUUGUGUUGGAGACUAUGCUCAUUCCUGCUGCCUCUCUCUGCGCGCAGACGCUUUCAAAUUCCGGACCGAGCCGUACGCCACGCUGAAAGCUCCGUCUGGCUGGUCAGUCGUGAAUGUGGUAUCUGCAGACUUUGACUACGAUGGCAGGCUCGAUAUUCUGCUCGUCCUCAAACACUACGGCAGCCGCAUGUCUGAUCACAGCGAGACGCGUCUGCAACUGUGGAAUGGGGACUCGGCCGGCGGUUUCAGUGAGUUGGAUCAGAGCGUGGCUCGGAGGGCACUCCAUGUGCUGACGUUGAGCCACUUGAAUGCUUGCAGAAGCGUCACCGAUCGAGCUACCUAGUGCUGGUGAUGCACAGCCCCUCAUCUUUGAUGACACUGGAGAUAUGAAAGUGGACCUGCUGGGCCAGGCUUGGGCCAAUCCAUCCGCGAGCGACAGUGCAUCUUCCGGACUCAAAAUCUGGCGCAACAAUCUCGGCGCACCGAAUGGAAGCUUCGCAAUGUGGGUUGUUUUGCGAGGUUAGCACGGAAUACCCAUGGUUCCUGACCCAGCUGACAGGUCUGCCCAUGUGACAGCGAGAACGCCCCUUUGCAGCACGCUCCUGGCACUGCUGGCUGCCGAUUAGCCAGCCCCCACAGCUCAGCUUUCAUAGACUUAGAUGGAGACUGCUUGGCAGGUGAGCCUGCACCCAAGCUGCAACCCAUGUAGCCUCUUUGGCGAGCUGACACAUGGCAACACGGACAGACUUGUUUCUCGUUUGCGAAGGCGAAGGUGGGCGGACGAGGUACGAAGUACAUACCGCGUCUAAACGUAGCAAAUCUGAGCCUUUCAAGCUGAGCUUGAGUGGUCAUCUACCGAUGGGAGCGGGCGCACUAAGUUUUGCAGAUAUGGAUAGAGAUGGGACCAUGGAUGUAGUCUUUCCCGCCUGCGACUCGAAAGGAUGCUCGAUCAACAUUGCGCACAACCGUCAAAUGCCCCUAUGCAAGCAGGAAGGGGGCUGGUUCGGACCUGGACCUGGCGGACCUGCAAAGUCCCAGAGCAAACUUCAAAAGGCCGCCGCGAACGUCGGUGCGAGACAGUCGACUUGGUCUGCGCGCGAUGCCUCCUCGCUUGCCGAUCCUGCCGAUGCGUCGAGCAGGAGAAUUACUUGCAGGACGCCAGAGAGCCUCUGCACCAAGGACGAGGGCUUUUCCUUUGAUUUUGAAGUCGGAUCUGCCAACUCUGUGAGUGCCAGCGAAUGACUACGACGACCUGAUUGCCAUGAGGAGGGCUGCUGAAGUAUCACUCCAUUUGCACGCAGGACAUCACAACGCUGCCGCUGACAGCGAUAGUGCCAGAAGCAUUUCUAGCGCUGGACAAUACCUUGGCUUCUCCCGCAGUGCCGCUCGCGUUAUCCAUAGGAGACUUUAACAAGGACGGGUUUCCGGAUCUGGUCAUCGUCACACUUCCCGAUCACAAUCGUCCGGAUCAUACGCGUGUUAGAUUGUUAAAAAAUGUCGCUUGCUCAUCGGGCAAGUCAGGCUGCCCACCAGAGGGAUGGGAAGCGAGCAGGACCUUUGAGGUGGUCACAAUAGGUGCAGAGGUGCUGGAAACGUUGGACGAUGUCAGAAGCGCCACCUUUUUGGAUAUUGACGAGGACGGAACCUUGGAUCUGAUGCUGCAACGGCAGGUAUCGGCCAAAGGCGGCGCUCGAGGCGCUCCUACCACGGUCACGUUUGUGCAGAACAAUUACUUUCACGACGCCUUCUUUUUGAAGGCGGUAACGCUGAACGGGGCGUGCAUCGGAUACUGCGAGCCCAGCGACGGACCGCGCUUCAAGCCUCGAGCUGUGAACUAUGCGGGCGCAUCGUACAAAUUUACAGUGCUGGAUACGAACGGUGUGCGACGAGCUCAGCAAGUCGGCCAACUUCCACAACACACCUAUCGAUCGCUGCAACCGCCUUACUCCUAUUUUGGAUUGGGCCGGACGAACAAUUACGUCGAGAGCCUUUUCGUUGGCAGCACGCGCAGACAGCCGCAGCACUUUUUGGCUAUGGAAGGAGUGGUGCCCAAUAGUCAUGUAGUCGUUGUGCCAUGGCAAGAUGCGAACGCUGCUGACGGUGGAGAUCCCGGUCAGUGGCACAAGGAGCUCUAUCUGAGCCCGGCGGACUGGAUACCUGCCGUCACUGCUGUGCUGGUCUGCCUCAUCUUGCUCCUCGCGACCAUCGUCUUUGUGCUCCACAUGAACGAGAGGGUGAGUCGGUGCACGAACUUGCGACUUUUUUCUGCUUUGCAUGCAAGCUGAACCCGUGCGGCAACAUGCACACCCCCUCAUCCUUUUUACCAUUGCUAGCGAGAGGAUGAGCGGGAACGCAAACGCGCCGUGCACGCUAUCAAUUUUGAUGCCCUGUAA